AAGAAAAAAAAGACGGUCUUACUAGACGACAGAGGCGUUCCACUCUAUUACUGUAUUACAGCCAGUCCCCCGUGCUGUCGUCCACUAAAGAAGCAAAGCGAGCGAUCGAGCUCAUCUCACAUUCCUUUGUGCGCUGGCCGUUGCGCUCCAUUUGGAAUCCCAGCGCCCACAUUGACCGCCUCCGUACCAGCGACAGCCUUUCCCUCGACUCAAUCAUCCGCCGCUGCCAACGCAAUUUUCUUCCGGAGGCCCCAUCACUUGAUUCAAUCCUUGCCACUUUGCAGCUCGCGUCGCUUCCCCCUCUCUCCUUCCCGCUCGCCGCCGCCAUCAUGCCUCCCGCGACGCCACCGGGUCGCCAUUGCCCUCGCCGCUCUAGACUCUUGGCCCUGCCGGUUUCCUGCCGUUAAGGCAGUCAAAUCAUCGUGUGAGAUAAGUGACAGGACAGGAAGCUAUUCGUUUCUUCAAUUCCACUCCAAGUACGAGCCAAGAACCAGUGGGGAAGUCCACCGGCGUGAUGGCGGCUGAUUACACGCUGCCAUUGGCUCCGGCGUCGUCCUCCUCGGCCAUUUCGAUGCACCGCGCCGCUGGCUACUGCGUCGGUUUUUCUUGCGCCCUCGCCGCUCUAGGAGCGCAGGGGAGAAUCGCCGGCGGGUGCGAUCUUGGCGCCAGGCGCCGGGGGUGCCGGUGGUCGCGCGCCAGGGAGCUCGCGCUACUGGAGAAGCUCGCCGCGCUGGAGCGCCAGUUGGAGGAGCUCCGGCACCGGCGGGCGGAGGACGCCAAGGCCAACGAGAAGGUGGCCGGCAUCUUCGCGUCGCACGAGCAACGGUGGUUCACCGAGCGCAAGUCCCUGCGGCGGCAGGUGAACGCCGUCGUCGCCGCGGCGCGCGCGCGCGAGGCCAAGCGCGAGGAGGAGGCCGCGGAGCUGCGGCGGCAGCUGGAGGAGCAGCGUGACGCGGCGGCGCUCAAGGACAGGGCUAUGGAGCAGGAGAUCCAGAGGAGGGAGGGUGCGGAGGAGCGGCUGCGCGCCGCGGAGCGGGCGGCGGAGGAGCUGCGGGAGCGCGCGGCGAAGGAGGCGGCGGAGCACGCCGCGGAGGUGCGGAAGCACAAGGUGGCGUUCGUGGAGCUCGCGUCCGCGCAGCGGCAGCUGGAGGCGGACCUGGCCCGCGCCGCGCGGCUCGCGGACACGGCGGAGGCCGAGCUCAGGGAGGCCCUGGAGCGCCGGGACGAGGCGGCCUCCGCGGCGGCGGACCUCUCCGCCGAGGCCGCGCGCCUGCGGCGGGACGCGGAGCACAAGGACAAGAUCCUCUCGGCGAUGCUCCGGAAGUCCAAGAUCGACAUGGAGGACAGGGAGAUGCUGGUGCGGGAGGUGAAGAUGUGCAAGGCCAGGCGGAAGCAGGCGGAGCUCGAGGCCGAGCGGUGGCGCAAGAUGUGGGAAUCCCGCGGCCACCGCCGGGGCUCCUCCAGGUCGUCGUCGGCGCGGUGCGUGACCGACCCGCCGCCGCCGUCCGGGUGCUCCGACAAGGUGCUGGCCCCAGACGCCGCGGCGCGCGCGGCCAAUCUCGACACCAAGAUACUCUUCGUGGACCAAGUCGAGGGCGACGGCAAGAAGGACCACCGGCAGGCGCCGGCGAAGGAGCUAACCACCAUUGAAUGCGUCGACCGCUAUGCCAGCCACGUCGACGACAAGCCCGCCGUAGAGGAGUACCAGGGCCUGCAGGAGUGGUUCCAGAUGGAGACGGAGAAGUACACGGCCAUGAUGAAGCACCGGCACACCGCGGAGAUCGAGGCGUUCACCGAGCAACUCCGGCUCAAGGACGAGAAGCUGGAGGCGUUCCGGUGGCGCGCGGUGAGCAUGGACGUCGAGGAGUCGCGUCUCCGGUGCCGGAUCCAGGAGCUGGAGGCGCGGCUGGCGCAGCAGGAGAAGCACGGCGCCGGGCUGGAGGCUCUGCUCCUGGAAAGGGAGAACGAGAGCAGGGCUCUCAAGGAGCAGCUGGAGGCGCUCCAAGCACAGGCACUCGGGGUGGAGAUCUGCGUGCCGGCCGGUGGCCAGGACACCGACGCCGACGAUCGCUGCAUCCCAUGCUCACCGGUGAAGAUCCAAAGGACAGCCUCAGGAGAAGCUGACAAGCUGUCAUCCGGCAGCUCGCGGCAUCAAGAGGGCACUGAUGAGGUCAGCAAGUAUCAUCGUGCAGAGACCAAGGUGGACGAGCUAAUCUCCCCGGAUGAUGACAAGGAGAAGGCGUUCGAUCUGGAAGCAACAGAGGCGCAUGUCGUUCCGGUUCGGGAUCUCGCGUGCGCCGCGGCGGCGACAACGUGGAUGGAACACGAGCGACACGAUGCCCCGCCCCGGCAGUCAUUCAGGUCUGAGAUCGAGGAGGAGAAGGAGGUCUACACCGACCCCGGCAACGCGCAGGCGCAGGCCAGCACGAGCAGUUCCCAAGAGCAAGAGGCGACAUCGGAGCUCGCGCUCGUGGUCGUGCCGCCUGGCCAGAAGAGCUCUGCGUGGAAGACGGACAUCCACGCCCUGGCGGUGUCGUACAAGAUCAAGCGGCUGAAGCAGCAGCUGCUGGUGCUCGAGAAGCUGGCCGCGGAAGGCAAGGAGGAGGCCGCCGCCGCGACGAGGUCGUCAGGGAGCGAAGCCAGUUGCAGCAGCCGGCAGCAUCCGAGGACGAGGUACCAGACGAUGAUGUCCUUCCUGAGCAAGCACGUCAAGCGCUACCAGUCUCUCGACGACAAGAUCGACGACCUCUGCGCAAGAAUGGAGGAGAGCAAGAGGAGCGUGGGGCGGGAGCGGCGGCACGGCACGUCGGGGGAGCAGAGCGCGGCGCUGGGGCAGUUCCUGGAGGAGACGUUCCAGCUGCAGCGAUUCAUGGUGGCCACCGGGCAGAAGCUGCUGGAAACGCAGUCCAGGAUCGCGUCGGGCCUCGUCAGCCGCGGCGGCGGCGAGGACGGCGCGGACAUGAAGAGGCUCAUGGACGUGGCCGGGGCGCUGCUCAGGGACGUGCAACGCGGGCUGGAGGUGCGCAUCGCGCGGAUCAUUGGGGACCUCGAGGGCACGCUCACCUUCCAUGGCAUCCUCCGGACCACGCGCUGACCUGAUAUGGGCGGAUCCAGGUUCACACAACAAGGGGGGCUCAAUUUUCUCUUCUUCUUCCUCCCUCCUCUCUUUCCCUUCUUCCUCCUCCUCAUAUAUGUCUAAAAUUUGUAAGUGGGGUUUUGGGGCUCUACGGGAUCCAUGAGGGUAGGAGCCCCCCACGUUGGAUCCGUACUGAUACAGCUUGGCUGUUGCUCUCUGUGUUCGCGACUUGAUCCAUGAUGACUUAACAAGGGACAUGCUUAAUCUUGAAUUAAUGGUGAAGCAAGGUUUAAUUUGCAGUGAA